AUGUAUUCUCGAUCAGAAGCAGAGCAAAUAGAGCAUUUACAAAAGGUCCUACACAUACUUCGGGAUCACAAGUUAUACGCCAAGUUUUCCAAGUGUGAGUUCUUGCUGAACUCAGUGGCUUUCCUUGGGCAUAUAGUAUCCGGUGAGGGUAUCAAAGUUGAUAGUCAAAAGGUUAAAAUAGUUAAGAAUUGGCCAAGGCCCACAACUCCUACCGAGGUACGCAACUUCUUGGGCUUAACUAAUUACUACCAAAGGUUUGCGGAAAAUUUCUCAGCCAUAGAUGCUCCAUUGACGAAGUUGACGCAUAAGGCAAGUAAAUUUCAGUGGACUAACACUUGUAAAAUAAGCUUCCAAGAGUUAAAAGGCAAGCUAACCUCGGCACCAGUUCUAUAUCUUCCUGAAGGACUUGAGGGGUACAUUAUAUAUUGUGAUGCCUCUAGUGUGGGAUUGGGCAGCGUUUUAAUGCUACACGGGAGAGUUGUCGCUUAUGCUUCGAGGAAACUAAGGAAACACGAACAGAGUUACCCAACUCAUGACUUGGAGUUGGCAGCUGUUAUAUUUGCCUUAAAAUAUGGCAUCACUGUCUGUAUGGAGUUCAUGUCAACAUAUUCACCGAUCACAAGAGCUUGCAGUACAUAUUCAAGCAUAAGAAAUUAA